UUUUUAUUUAUUUGUCUGCCGUAGCAUAUUGUUGGCACUUGGAAUUGGCCCCGAUGCAGUCGAUUUAGUUGUUGCCGAAGGCAACGGCCACACUUAAACGGGAAGGAUGGAAGCUGGCCUGAACCGCACGCACUAAUCCGCUCUUAACACUGGCGCCUAAAUUAAAGCUGACCUACGUGCACAUGUGAGAACCGACGCAAUAUAUGCCAUCCCAUAGUAACCACACAAUUCAAUACUCUAGCAUAGCAUAGGAAUCCCAAAUCCAAUGCCAGGAGACAUAUCGUCACAUUGGAUCCUACGUGUGGUGGCUCAAGCUGGCCGUCCGGAGCUUCCACUAAAACCAAAGCUGGCAAAUCGAUCCCUCUCUAUAUAUACUAGGUACCAAAUCCGUCUAUGUAGAUACCGAGUGCACUCGCACCCCUUGCCAUCGCCAAGAAGCAACAAUGGCUGCUGCACUCAUGAGCCCUCACCAUCUUCUCUCUGUCUCCGUGUACAUCAUCAUUUGCCUCUGCUGCUCGGUGGGUCUAGCUACCGCGCUCUCCUUCAGCUUCAACUUCUCCAGCCCCGGCUCCGGCGACCCCUGCGAUACGGAGCUCAGGUGCGAACGUGACGCAUGGAUGGGUUCUGGCGCCAUCGACCUAACGAGGAACUACAUCGCAGCCAACGUUUUCAGUGUUGGCCGGGCAUCGUACGCUCGCCCGGUGCCUCUCUGGGACGACGCCACCGGCGAGGCGGCCAGCUUCUCCUCCAACUUCACGUUCCAGAUCAAGCCCCAAAACAGAUCAGAAGACAAUUUUGGUCUAUGUAACUCGAGCCUCAGCAGCGACGCUAGUGCUGACGGUUUAUCUUUCUUCCUGGCGCACUACCCGUCGAGGCUCCUUCCCAACAGCGGGGGCGAAAACCUCGCUCUUUUCGAUUUCAGCAAUCGCUUCAACGCCACCGGUGAUGCGCAGUUAGUUGCGGUGGAGUUCGACACCUACCUCAACCCCUGGGACCACAGCGACAACCACAUGGGCAUAGACAUCAACUCCCUCGACUCCAGGGCCUACACCAACGUGACCAAGCGCCUAGUCUCGAAUGACGCCAUCAUGACCGCCCAGAUCAGCUACGACAAUCGCACGGCCGUUCUGGUCACCCUUCUCCACAUCGACGGCGACGGACCAUGGUACAGCGUAAGCACGUGGGUGGACAUGAAGAGGGAACUACCCCAGCAAGUCUCAGUCGGCUUCGCAGCAUCAACUGGUCUCUGCGCCGAGCUGCAUCAGGUGUUGUCUUGGUCAUUUAGCUCCACUCUAGAUGAUGCCCCGGUGCCUACCAAUAACAGUCCACGGCGACGCCUACCACUGGUGCAUGUGUUGGUGCCAUCAGCAGCGGCAGCUUUUCUUGUGCUGCUCUGCGGUGCCGCCGCCUUAAUAGUUCGUCAGCGACGCAAACGUAAGCAAGCUGAGUUCGAGAGAGGGGUAGGACCUAGACGGUACCGCUACCGUGAGCUCGCGGCAGCCGCAAAUGACUUCGCGGAGCAGGGGAAGAUUGGGCAAGGGGGCUUCGGCAGCGUCUACCGGGGCGGCGGCCUUAGCGACCACGACAGCCCGGUGGCCAUCAAGAUGCUCUCCAUGGAAUCGUCUGCGCAGGGGAGGAAAGAGUUUGAAGCGGAGGUGAAGAUUAUAAGCCGGCUGAGGCACCGGAACCUUGUGCACUUGCUAGGCUGGUCCGACAGCCGCAAUGGGCUCCUGCUCGUCUAUGAGCUCGUGCCGAAAGGCAGCCUCGACCAGCACAUAUACGACACUAGUCGUCUGCUCACUUGGUCAGAGAGGUACAACAUUAUCCUUGGACUGGGAUCUGCGCUACGCUAUCUCCACACAGAGUGCGAUCAAUGUGUGCUCCAUGGUGACAUCAAACCAGGCAACAUACUCCUUGACUCAUCAUGGAGCACCAAGCUGGCAGAUUUCGGAUUGGCAAAGCUCGUGGAUCAUGGAGCCAGGCCACAGACGACGAAGGUCAUCAAGGGCACCCCAUGGUACAUAGACCCGGAGUUUUUUCGCUCAUACCAUCCCACCCCCGAAGCGGACAUCUACAGCUUCGGCAUCGUUGUGUUGGAGGUCAUUUCCGGCAAGGAUCCAGGAAUGGGGAUGAAACACCGGGUCGAAGAAGUCAGCCCGCUGCUCAUGUGGGCCUGGGACCUGUACGAGAAGGGCGCCAUCCUUGAAGCGGUGGAUAAAAGGCUACAUGCGCACAACCAGCACCUCGACGACAACUGUAAGUGGCAGAUGCAUCGUGCGCUGGUUGUCGGGCUCUGGUGCACGCACCCACGCCUUGACGUGCGACCGUCCAUUGUGAAGCUCAUGAACGUCUUACAGUCUCACAGCGUCACGCUGCCGACACUAUCAUGGUCGCUGUCCAACGUUUCCCUUGGAUCACAUGGAUACAAUGCGUCCUCAUCGGCCAACUAAUGAAUUAAUGUUUGCAGCGAUGUGUCUUAGGCCAUCUGCCAUCAGUGCCAGACGACCAAAUUUACUUUACUAAAGAGACUGUGAUAUGAAAGAAGGAUUGCUAAUAAAGGAAUUGUUAAAUGUGUUGUAUCUUGUAUUGUUGUAGCUAUCUCUCUUGUUCUCUAGGCCUAGAUCCACCACGCAUGCAUAAGGCCUGUGUACCUUUUUUUUUUAGAUUAUAAGGCCUGUGUGCCUUAUCUUGAUGCUAUUGGCAAUAUUCAUUUUAGCUUGGUAUCAGUCGCCAUGGCCUUCGAGGACAUCCUCGGUUCCCCACCCUCCUCUCUGAGAAUCUACUCAUCCUUCUCCCCGUCCACCUUCUGUUUGACUUCUCCCUCUGUCCAUAUCUCCACCACUCUGGCGACCAUCUCCACCACUACUGUUACGCUCCAGUACUCCAGUGCACUGUCUGUCCUCCUCAGUGCUCAACAGUCACAAUGACAACACCUCUAACGAUACCAAGUUCAAAUUCGACUAGGCUGAAAACAAUUAUGCCAAAUGGUACACACUUUCCUCUUUGUGAUGCUCAAGUUUCUGCUUGAGAGCAUCUUUAACUGAUCCUCUAAAAAGCUUUAGAGGAGUUAAAUUUUACUUUUCAUCCUCUAAACUGCACGCCUGCACCUAACCGUUCUCCUAAAGCUUUUAGAGGAGUAAAAGUUAUCCUCCUUGGUUGCCCUGACUCUUAAAUA